UUCGCUGGUUGCCUCUUUAGAGAUACGGAGCCCAAACAGCCAUCUCGCCACCAGCUGUUUAUUGCCACGAGUGAAGAAAGAGAUCCAAAAGCUUUUGCCCAAAGUUUGGGACCGCGUGGCAUUGCACUCGCUGCUUGUUCACUUCGAGCAGAGCAGCAGCUAUAAUACCUGUGCGACCACAGCCACCGCUUUCGGAGCCACUAAGUACCACCAGGCAGCAGAAUAGUAAUCUGCUGGCGCUUCCGUUGAUAUCCCAACAGAACGACUGGUUGCGGUGGCUGGAUGUCUCUGCUUGGUAUUAACAGUUAAUAAUUACUUGAUACUAUCAAGGCGAGAUUUGGUGAGUGUAUCGACAACUGGGCGUACUUGCAUGCCCUAGCGCAUCUUGGUCACAUCCGGCAUGUGGUGUCACUUGCGGCAUGUCGGUGAUGUCAAAGGAAGCAGCCUACCCAUUUCUUGGACUACAGCGAUUAAGGCCAAGGAGUCCUUGGUAAGGACAACGCUUUGAUGAGAAGCACGACGAUGGCAAAGCAAUGCCGACGUUUAGUGUCUCUAUUGUCGAUCCGGAUACCAAGAAGCUAUUGGACGAGCUGCAGGUCGGAGAGGUGUGGGUACAGGGCCCGUCAGUGGCUAUUGGAUACUGGAGGCGACCCGAGUAUACCGAGGAGAUGUUCCGUGCUCAGUUAGCAGGCGAAAACUCGCUCCUUCGAACGGUUAGUGAUCAGCAAUAA